AUGGUGGUCAUUGAUGGUAUGGAGGCGAAGUUGGUCUGUCUGCUGGAGCAGCAGCAGCAGCAGCAGCUCAUGCAGCAGCAGCAGCAGCUCCAGUUAGACAUCUUACAAAAGUCACUGCAGUUGCUAACAGACAAACUUCCGGUACUGGACGCGACGGGGCGUCGGGACCCACGAAGAGAGGCAGCGUCUCCUGAUGCUGCGUCGACGGCUGCCGAGUGGGUGCCGGACAAGGCGCUGCGGUGUCAGACUCCUUGGGGGUGCCCAAGGAAAGCGGCUGCAAUACAGGCUGCACAGCCACCGCUUGGGAAGGCAGCCCGGCUGAGGGGUCGACGUCCAUCAGCUCCGAAGGCGGUGGCGACUGAAGAGGGACCACAGGCGCCGGAGCGACCACCCGGGGCGCUCCCGCAUGAAGCUGCGCGGGAGGCAUCAACGGGACGGGCUGUCGGCGUGGUAGCGGCGACGGCUGCUGCUGCUGCUGCCCUGGGGGCGGCAGCGAAGUCGGAAGUUUUGGCAGACAAAACAAUGGAUAUUGCAGGCACAGAACAACUUUCUCUUUCUGCACGUUAUUUUGACCUUGCAACUAAUGUUGUCAGAGAAGACUUCCUUGGAUUUACACCAUUAGCAAGGUACGGACCUGGUCCUCGAGUCACCAUCCCUGCCCCCGGUUGCCGUCUCUCCGAGGGCCUGCUGUCAGCUCUCUCCGCCUCCGGAUAG